AUGAAAAUUUUUAGAUUAAAGAAUCUCAUUGGAUUAUUAACAGUAAAUUGUUCUAUUGAAAAUCCUCAUAUUUAUCAAGAAAUCGAAUCAGAAUCAAUUCAUAGAAAUACACCCGAAGUAUUUCAAGAAAUUCUAACGUCGGAUACAGAAAAAGAAUAUCAAAGAUCUAAGAAAUACAUCAAAAAAUUAAACAUAGCAUAUGAAACAGCUCAUUGCUUUUUAAGAGAAGUUAUUGAUGUUUUAAUAAAAGAAAACAAAACUUCUUAUAAGCUUAUGAAUGAAUUGAAAAAUGAAUCAAUUAACAAAUUAAUUUCUAAGAUAAAAGUGAUUAAAAGCUUAAUUAAUAUUAUUUUAAAGAUUGUUGACUAUCAUAAUGAAAAUUUAAAUAAUUUAGAUGAAUAA